GGUGACGGGCUGCUGGUCCUUUUUGAAACGGCCACCCAACUGCGCACGCGUCCACUUCCCUACCCCCUCUCUCACUCACACAUACACACACCAGUUUCCCUCGCCAUUGAAAAGCGUGCCUACUGCGCAAUGCGCGUCCACCAACCUUUGCGUCCUGGCCUAUCAACUGCCCAUUCCCUACUUGACCCGGGAUAACAAAGUGUGAGGCUGGAUGAACACAGCAGGGCGAGCAGCAGCUCAGGAGCACAAAAGCUGACGUUUCGGGCCUAGACCCUACUUGACCCGGCACCGCCGUAACAGCCGCGCAUGCGCGCUGUUUCAGCGACCCGCCAGCUGCACAUGCGCACCGCUAAGCUAACGGCUAUUCCUCACCCCACGAGCUCCAAAAGGCGUUUUAUUGCUGCUCCCACCUAAUUACGCAUAAAAAAAGGAAAGUAUGGAAAUACCUUGGCCGGCGGAUUUAGUGCUGAAAUCACGGAUGUGAGUGCGGUGGAAGAAAAGAAAGAAGGGCGCGUUUGGGAGCGGAUUGGGGGGGGGGAAAUCCUCCUUUGUUUUAUUCGCCGUGUGGAAGGUGCGGAGCCCGGCAGACGUUCCGCCGACAUUUGUUUCCGUCCCCCUCCAAACCCCCACCAUCAUUUACCCUUAGCGUCAGGCCGGCGAGCUUUGUGUUACCUUCUGAAUCCCGUCGUAGCAGCAGGUUGUUGAGGAAAUAUCGCCGAAUCAUUGCCUGAGAAGGUGGGGAGAGACGAACGGAGCGGGAACCCUGUGUUGUCGAUUAAUUCGGUGCCUCCUUUCUCCUGUCCUGAGGACGCAGAGAGGGAGAGCUUCUCCCCUUAUUUUCCUUAAUCAAUGACUCCCAUCCUCGGCUGAAGUUUACACACCGAUUCUGUCCCUUUGCGUCCACUUGGAUCGAUGAGGCGUGGGAAAUCUUUUGCACAACACAAAUCGGGUUGUUUUUUUUACUGCAUUUUAUCCAUCUGCUUAAAUCAGUGUCUUUUAUUGUCGGGUUGAUCAUGUUCUGCACCAGAUUUCAUCGCCUGUGAGAAUUUACUGUACAAAGUUUCAUGUUGAACUCUGCAGUCACUGGAAUUAUUUAUUUAUUUAUUUGACUGAGGGUGGGGAUCUUACCACAUUCUCACAUCCUCGCCAUGAAUAACCUGUCUCUGAGUGAGCUGUGCUGCCUGUUCUGCUGCCCUCCCUGCCCUGGUCGGAUUGCGUCCAAACUGGCCUUCUUGCCCCCCGAGCCUACAUACGCGCUGCUGGCCGAUGAGGCUGGGGGCCGUUGGAGCCUGCACCUGUCCGAGCGGGCUGACUGGCAGUACUCGCAACGGGAGAAGGAUUCCAUCGAGGCCUUCAUGACCCGGACCAGCCGGGGCAACCGCAUCUCCUGCAUGUUCAUUCGCUGCUCGCCUAGCGCUCGGUUCACCUUGCUCUUUUCGCAUGGCAACGCCGUGGAUCUGGGCCAAAUGAGCAGUUUCUACAUCGGCCUAGGCUCCCGCAUCAAUUGCAAUGUCUUCUCCUACGAUUACUCGGGCUACGGCGCCAGUUCUGGGAAACCUUCCGAGAAGAACCUUUACGCAGAUGUGGACGCUGCGUGGCAAGCCCUAAGGACCAGGUAUGGGAUUCGUCCAGAGAAUGUGAUCCUGUACGGUCAGAGUAUAGGCACAGUACCUACAGUGGAUCUGGCUGCUCGAUAUGAAUGUGCUGCAGUUGUGCUUCAUUCUCCUUUGAUGUCUGGUAUGCGUGUUGCCUUUCCUGAUACCAAAAAGACAUACUGCUUUGAUGCAUUCCCCAACAUUGACAAGAUUUCGAAAAUAGCCUCUCCAGUGCUGGUCAUCCAUGGGACUGAAGAUGAAGUAAUCGACUUCUCACAUGGGCUUGCGUUGUAUGAGCAAUGUCAAAGGCCGGUAGAACCACUGUGGGUAGAGGGAGCUGGUCACAAUGAUGUGGAGCUCUAUGGACAGUACCUUGAAAGACUGAAGCAGUUUGUUUCUCAAGAACUGACAAAUUCUUAAAAGAAAGUUUAAUAUGCAGGAGCUUUUUUUUUUGUUUUGCUAUUUUAAAAAAAAAUCAUGACUGCUUUCCAUUUCUCAUUGUCAAAGCAUAUAUGCAACUGUAGUCUAACUGAGAAAAGCCUUAAAGGGCUUUGCAAAAAUGAAGAACUGCCCUUAGGAUUAUAGAGGUUUGUAACCAUGAAAAUAGUGAUAAUUGCCAGUAUGUUUACAAAAUAUAUCUAUAAAACUGGAGCAUGUAGUCAGUUUGUCAAAUUGGUUUAGGGUGACACCAAAAGAAAUACUUUUUCCCCCCCUUCUAUUCAGAAAUUUCAGUUUAAUAAUGUCUAAAAUAUUCUUUCAAUAAUUGUGCACAUUGUUGAUUUGUGUAUAUUGCCAAAUUGAUUUGCAUAUCACUUACGAAGAGAAUUGGAUUGAAUAGGCUGUCUGGAAUGUAUCUUCGUAAAUUAACUCCAAUUUACAUGUAGAGCAGAAAUAUUACUAAUACUGGAAAUCUUAAUUUGAGAAACAGAAAAUGUUGGAAAUUAAUUUCAGCAGGUCUGGCAGAGUCUGUGUUGCAAGUUUAAACUGUUGAUGUUUUCGAUUGUAACUUCUUGUCAGAACCAGCUUUCAGCUUGGAAUAUAAAAUUCUUCUUCAAGGCAUCCACGCGUAAAUGUAAAUCCUUAAACAGGAUUUUCGUAAUAUUUUCAAAAAAAUACACAAUUGAAAUACUUUAAAAACAUAUUAAUAAAAUUUAGACAAUUUACAUUUGAUCUGAGCUGUUGCAGAAAGCUGGCCAGACAUUAAUGUAUGAAAGCCAUAGUGCAUGCUAUGGUUUUUCAAUUCAAUAAAAUGACUUGAAUUUUCAACAGAUAUAUGUAAUGUAAAUCUAAUGCGAUACAAGUUGAGAGACAUGUAGCUGCUGAAUUAUUCAGUAACGCUCCAGCUACGUGCUUGGCAGGAUAGUGUAAGCAGGAAGUAUUGUGGGGUGGGGUGGCAGUGUUGGUGGACAUGGGCUCAGAAUCUCGGCUUCUGAGUUGAAAGGACAAGAAAUAUUUACCCAUUACACAAGACUCAUAUCACCUGGCAAAUUUGAUGCAAUGAAAUAUUACAAGCAGCUUUCUGGAUAAAGCUGGUCUUAAAAUUUAGAAAUGCACGAGGAUAUAUUUCAAGUGCUGAAUUUACUGAGAUGCUAAACUGAAAAAUUGUAAAUACAAUUUGUUUUGCACACAAUUUUAACAAAUUUGUGGCCACUCAGGUUUCAGUUUUGUUUUGCUGGUCAUGUGAAUAAACUCUGGUUUCAGAUUACACAUAUGUACUAUAUGUAAAUGCAAGGGAGAUACUUGUUAAAACAUACUUAACAUCCAUGACUUGAAGGAGUUUUUUUCAUUUUGCUGCAAAAACCUUUUGUAAUGAGGUAGUUUUAUCUUCUCCCCAUCUUUCUGAGCGUAGGAUAAGGCAGACUGGAGAAGGAUGCCAAAUCAUGUAGAAUUGGACACUAAUUAGAAGAUGGUUUUAAUAAAAAGUAACCAGCACACUGUAAUACAACAUUCUUUUCAGGUGUAUUCCCUGCUUCCCCUUUACCCCCUUCAGUGUUGCAUACGUUAAAGCUUUCUGAACAUUAUAGGGCCAUGUGGAAUGAUUGCAUUUAAAUGGAGAAUACAAAGGAUUUUUUAAAAAAGGGACAGGCUUUAACACUAUGUAACUCAAAGUAGCCUUACAGAAUUGCGACAUUUUUUUAAACGUGAAUGUGUAAAUGCUUGUACUACUUGUAUUUGAAUUUUUAUGCUGAUGUAUAAUCCCAUAUUUCUGUAUAUCAUGACCAAGUGCUAUUUAGCAGUCAGUUGUAUCUUGCCUGUGGAAUAAUUGUACAAGUCCGAUUUAUACAUUCAGUGUCAAAUAAGAUAUGGCAAGCAGGCAUUGCCAGUGUUGAUGCAAUAUGCUUUGUUCUAACAGUGCUAUAUUCUAAGCUUAGUACUUCAGGAGCCAAAUAUUAAACUCUGCUGGAGCAUCCAUCUUUAAAGACAAUGAAACAAGUUGUGGUACCUUCCACAGUCUUAAACAGCAAUUAGCAUCUGUGUAUAUUCCUUGACCUAUGCCAGUUCCACUCAUUACUGGAAAAUAUAGUCUUCGUUCUUUGAACUGCUUCGACAGUGUGUAGAAUUCAGCAGGUUUCUGGUUGCAUAGAAUUAAUUCCGACUGCGGUUUUGUGAUGCAUAUUAUGUUGUUCUCAUGUAUAAACCUUUGAGUUAAAUUCUGACAUUAGUUGAUAACCUAGCUAAGAUAAAUCAGUCUUGGUCGUUUCCAUGACAUGCUCUGGAAUAAAAGCUCCCAUUUGAAAAUCAAUCUGGCUCUAGAAACCAAGGGCAAUCUUGUCUGUCCAAAUGGCAACUGAAUGUUGCUGCCUAUACACGCCUGGAGCACUGGUGCUGUUGUUCAGCUACCUCAAUAGUUUGUUAAAUUGGAACAAAAUCUUACUUGUUCUCCGAGUUUGGAAAGACCAAACCCCAAAUGCCCCACACUCGGUGUAUCACUUAUGACACUUAUUCUGUCUUUCCAGGCGACUAGGUAUAUGUUGCUGUGUUUCACAGACAUCAAUGUAAGAUAUUAUUAAGCUGUUUAUUUUCUAUCAUUUUGGACACUUCUAAAAGAGCAUUGUUACUGCUAGUGGCUCCUUCCAAUUCGUACUACCUACAAAUCUGCUGAGAAGUGGCAGUAGAGGCGAAUGGGAAUGAUAUGAAACAGAUAAGUUACUUAGCAGCUUGAAUAACUUAAACAGCUGGGAUCAUAGCAGUUGCAUAUCACCAGCCUAAACAGAUAGGUGCCAUAUAUUAAACCCCUUUAAAACUGUGUGAAAUCUGUGUUUUAUGUAACCAUUGUUUAAAUGAAGUUAAAUGGGUGGCCUGUGGAAAAUGAAAUUCUCUAGUCCUUUUUACCAUACUGACUACUGAGCAAAUCAAAUUUACUUGUACCUCUUUCUUUUGCUUUUUUCUGUUUUACCUGAUGCGGGCAGAUUGGUACUUUUAUUA